GACCAGGCAAGCGUCAUUAUAUCGGACCAUAUGGACGUCUGCAUUUAUAUUCUGUAUUUUAAUAAACAAGUCGCACAAAUUGGAUAACGAAUAGAAGGCACGGAUAGAAGGCAAGAGCAUCGAAAGAGAGGCAAGUUUAUUCAGCAUUUUUAGGCUACCACUCGAGUUUCAGCAUGCUGCUCUGAAGUUCCUAUUCGCCAAGUCACGUUUUGUAGGGCUGGCUGGGAGUGAGAGGGCUGGCUGAGAGUAUGCUGGACUGGAUGCCUCGGCCUGUCAACUCUGCAGUGGAUUAAUAUUAUUCAGGUACAGGAGGGAGCCAGAUUCGCGUGUUGUGUGUUCAUCGUGCUGACACUAUUAGACAGACAGAGGGGUGGAGCUUUAGAGGUGGACCUAACCAAGGAAGACUGUCUGGUUUCUUCUCAGUGUAUGGUGCAGUUUCUCACCCUGAUGCUGAAGGGAUCCUUCCAAUGUUGACUCUUUGAUCUUCUCUUCAACCCAAGGGCUUCUAAAUUACUAGACUACAGAGGGAACUGCUAAAGUAUUAGGCCUCGCUGAGGCAUUGGAUUGAAGUUUGCAAAGUAAAAACAGCAGACGUGAGUGAGUGGCACAGGAGAUCUCAGUUGGAGCCUGCCUGAGGACCUAUCUAUGAGCCUGUGACUGUGGCCAUGACAGCCUCUGACAGCAGCUUCCAGUACCGUGCGCUCUUUGAGUACAAACGUGAACGUGGUGAUGACAUCAGCCUCCAGCCGGGGGACGUCCUGACGGUCCUGAAAGCCUCCCUAAAGGACUACCAGGAAGGGGACGAGCGCAGCCCCAAGGGAUGGCUGAACGGCACCAACGAGCGGACCAAGGAGAAGGGCGACUUUCCUGGGACGUUUGUGGAGUAUGCAGGGGUAGUGAGGCAGGGGCUGCCUGUGGCCAAGCCCUGGCCCAGGCCCGUACCCCCAACCCCUGGGGGAACACAGAGCAGCGUCGGGCCCGGGCCCCAGCCUCCAGGGGCCACUGCAGCAGGAGGUGGGGGGCCAAGGGAGGCCCCAGAGGUGUGUGCUCUGCCUGAGCAGGCUCCUGUGGCACUACACAGGCUGAUAGAAGCUCUGGAGAGACAAGGCUUGGAGAGUGAGCCACUGUACCGGACACCCCCAGCCUCCACCGGACCCCCAGAACUGAGACAGGCUCUUGACACAGACCCAGUCUCAGUGGAUGUGGACCAGUAUGAAGAGGCAGUGUUGUCUGAUACUCUGAGGGGUUUCCUCCAGGACCUGCCCUCCCCCAUCAUCCCAGCUGUGGUCUACAGUGAACUGGUCUACACUGCCCAAGAAACUCAGAGCAUGGAGGACUGUGGCGAGAAGUUGAAGAGGAUCCUGGAGUCCCCCAGCGUGCCCCAGGCCAACCACCAGCUCCUGGUGCACCUCACCAGACACCUGGUCAAGGUGGCCCAGAGUGAAGCUCAGAACCAGGCCAGCCCCAGGCUUCUAGGCCAGGUCUUCAGUGAGGCCAUCUUCAAACACUCCCACUUCAGUGCGGACGUAAACCCAGAGCACCAUGUGAAGAUCAUGGAGGCCCUGAUUGCAGCCGGGGGACUGGUGGAAAUGCAGGCAGCCCCAGCUCUUCCUCCCAAGCCGGCCAAGCCCAUGACUCCAGUGAGCAGCAGCAAUGGUGUGAAGGAGGGGGCUGGGGGGUCGCUACAGGAAGCAGAGUGGUACUGGGGAGACAUAUCAAGGGAAGAGGUGAAUGAUAAGCUGAGAGACAUGCCUGAUGGGACCUUCUUGGUUCGGGAUGCCUCCACCAAAAUGCAGGGCGACUACACACUAACACUGAGGAAAGGGGGGAACAACAAGUUGAUCAAAAUCUACCACCGGGAUGGGAAGUAUGGUUUCUCCGACCCCCUGACAUUUGGUUCUGUGGUGGAGCUGAUUAGUCACUACAGACAUGAGUCUCUGGCCCAGUACAACACCAAGCUAGACGUCAAACUCAUGUACCCCAUCUCACGCUACCAGCAGGAUCAGCUGGUGAAAGAGGACAACAUUGACGCGGUGGGGAAGAAACUCCAGGAAUACCACAAUCAAUACCAGGAGAAGAGCAAGGAGUACGACCGGCUUUAUGAGGAAUACACCAAGACCUCACAGGAGAUUCAGAUGAAGAGGACGGCCAUUGAGGCCUUCAACGAGACCAUCAAGAUCUUCGAGGAGCAGUGUCACACGCAGGAGCGCUACAGCAAAGAAUACAUUGAGCGCUUCCGCCGGGAGGGUAACGACAAGGAGAUUGAGAGGAUCAUGAUGAACUAUGAGAAGCUUAAGUCUCGUCUAGGUGAGAUCCACGACAGUAAGAUUCGUCUGGAGCAGGACCUGAAGACCCAGGCUCUGGACAACAGAGAGACAGACAAGAAGAUGAACAGCCUCAAACCUGACCUCAUCCAGCUCCGCAAGAUCAGGGACCAAUACCUUGUCUGGCUCAAUCACAAAGGAGUGCGACAGAAACGAAUUAACGACUGGCUGGGGAUCAAGAACGAGAACACAGAUGAAGGGUACUUUGUGAGUACGGAAGAGGAUGAAAACCUGCCCCACUAUGAUGAGAAGAGCUGGUUUGUAGGAGACCUGAACAGAACCCAGUCUGAAGACCUUCUACUAGGCAAACCUGACGGAGCCUUCCUCAUCAGGGAGAGCAGCAAGAAGGGCUGCUACGCAUGCUCCGUAGUUGUGGAGGGUGAGGUUAAGCACUGUGUGAUUUACAGCACGCAGAGGGGCUACGGCUUCGCUGAGCCUUACAACCUGUACAGCUCUCUGAAAGACCUGGUCCUGCACUACCACCAGACCUCCCUUGUCCAGCACAACGACUCGCUCAAUGUGCGCCUGGCCUACCCUGUCUACGCACAGAUGCCCUCAUCCUCCGGCCCUGCCCCACGGAGAUGAGCACCCCCCCCACCCAGCCCCAGGAUGGAUGAGGGGACAGGGGGUGGGGGGGUAACUAUUACCCAGAACCUGAGAUAAAAAACCUGAGAUGGGGAAAAAAAGGAAAAAAAAGACAGAAACACUUGCUGCAACACACACGUCAGCCACCUUGGAGUUAUAUAUAUUUUUACUAGAACAAUUGGAGGGCAUUCUUUCUAAAGACUGCUUGAUUUGCACAAGGAAGUUUUAAAUGUUUGUGAAUGUGAAAAAACUGAAGGAAAAGAGAAGAGCCGAGUUUCAGGUGACCCUGCUGCAACCUAAACUCCAGCCAGGACUCUUUUACAGAAAAACGACAACAUGAAGACGCUCAAUUUUAAGGCUUUGUUUCCUGUCGUCCGUCUGUCGCCCAAAUUAUUAUUUUAUUUCUUUCCUUUUUCUUUUCUGGUUUUGUUUUCUUUCUUUUUUUCUUUUGACAAUUUAUUUUGUUCACUGCUUGUUUGCUAAAUGCAAGAGAUGAUGAUUAUAAUGAUGUCGAGUGUAUGUACUCUGUCCCUUUCCGAAUGAGAAGCAAAAAUAAUGUAGCAUAACAGACAAAAGACGCUUAUUCAGUGUCCCUCCAUAUAGACUGCUGCUGAAGGGUUGGGGGGGAUGAAGGGAAGGGAGAAUCGAAGGGAGGGAAGAGUCGAGAGGGAUCACAAGCGAGAGAGAAAAUGUUUUGUAGUCUUAAAAGAAGAAAAAAAGCUUGAUUUUAUACUAACCGUAGAUGGAGAGUGAGAUUGUUUUCUUGAUGGCUGGAUCAUAUUUCCUUUGACACAUUGUAAGUUAUGGUAAAGUCAUGUCAUUAUAGUCACCUACAGAGACCAAAGUUGGCAUGGGCAGAAAACAAUCCAUUGUGUUUUUAUUAGUCUGUAUGAAUGGAGAAGAUUGAAAAAGAGUGGUUGCUUUGUUUAAUACCACACAUGAAACAGAGUUUGGGCCCAGUGCUCGUGCACUAUAAGCUCUGAGGGGAUGGUACGCACAGACGGAGACGGUCGGUAGGUUUGACCAUCUAGACGCCAGUCACGGUCGAGUUAGAAGCACUUAUCUAAGAAGAGAGCCCGUACGGUUUGACACCAAAUCCCAAAACUAAGGAGAAACAAACUACCUUGAAACAUGUUUGUUUUAAACAAAAUAUUAUUUGUAGUAUAUAUGCUAAUGUCUGUUUAAAACAAAUGGGGACUUUAUGUAUUGGUUACGGAACCUUUGAGAUAAUAGGCUUUGAACUGUUUUAGUGUACAUGAAGCAGGUAGGGAGGGGGGAGUUUCACGUUGAAGACGAAUGCUUUUGAUGAUGAUAAAAACUUGAAGAAAGUGCAAUCCAACAAUGUAUUAUGAUUAUUUAGGUUAGCAGUCACCCGGAGAGCUGAACGAACCCAGCUUGCAGACAGACUCGCAGGAGAGAUAAUCAAAGUGCACAUUGAAGCUUUUGAAGAUAUAUUGCUUUUCUUUUCUUUCCUUUUUUUGUUUGGUUUUUGUUUGUUUCACUCAAACUUCUUACCCGGUGCUUGACUUUAAGACCAGUGGAAACAUUUCUGUUGAAAAUAAAAGAUUAUAACAUCGCACAAUAAAUAUUGACAAAAUGACAAACAACCACAAUGUGCAAUUUUCCAGUCUAUUCGGUCACCUCUACUUCCUGAUAUGAAACUCUCUAUUCUGAUUGGCUGUUGUUUGGCUACUGUUUUACCAUUGGCUCUCCUUGCUGCCUAUCUAACCAGCAGCCCCUGAGACAGACAAUGGACCGGUGAUGUCAAAGAUGGUGGAUAAAUGAAGAUAGUUCACUCAGGCCGUUUACCAUUGAAAAUAAAUGGACUAUUUCUGGUCUACUUAACUGGGUGUUUCUUCCAUAGACACCAAUAAAAUAGCAGCUGGGUCCUGUCUACUUAGUUCAUUUUCUUUCAUUGAACCAGAAAAAACCCCAGUGAGUGUGUUAUUUCACUUCCUCAUCCAUCUCUGAGUGUCCCUGGGGUCCUGUCUCUCCCAGACAGUUGUCCCCUCCCUACCUGUUAAUCUUAGGCCAUAUUUAAGGCCUUGUUGACAGGAGAGGGUAGUGCAGCAGCAGAGGGGUGAUUUAGUGACCCUGGAGUAGAACAAAGACAGCGGUUUUUAAUCGAACCCCCUCCAAAUGUUCACCUUACUGGACAAAUGUUUUGGCUCAAUUGGGGGUAAAGACAUCACUCCAGUGAGGUUGACUACCAAAAUUGAUCUAACAGAUUCACAGUUACACAUAAAAAACUGGAUUCAAAUAAGUAACUCUCUUGUCACACUGAAAACAAGAGAGUUGUAUAUCGUCUGGAGUCUUUACUAAACUGCCAGUGGAAAUCAGUGAAGUGUAUGGGGUCACACCAGUGAGAACCAGUGCUCAGUGUGUGUGAGGAGGAAAGUUGAGGCCAUGUGAUCUAGCCGUGCGGUGGUGGUGAAGUGGAAUCAUCAUGGUGAAUGAAUGAUACAGCCUUGGUAAAAGCCAGGCCUCUACGCCUCCCGCCCCCCCGAGUAUCUAUGUCCCCUGUAUCUCCUCCACAACGACACUAUACGCUUCUGCGAAUCAUCUUAAUCUAACAUACACCCCCACCCCUUGGAGUAGUGCACUAAGAUCAGCCAGAUGAGGCAGUGGGGGGGUGGAGGGGUCACUAGGUCACAGUCAGUGCUGAAAGCCCUUGAUAAGGAACACAUGCAAGGGAGAAGGUCUGACACUCCCUCUCAAGACUAGAGGAGAGAUGGGUUCUCCCUUAUUCAGUCUCUCCCUGGUCUGUUUGUUCUGAUGUGCUUAGUAGCAGCUGUUAGGGUUAAGGUGAGGUUCAGCUCUUCUGUAUGGAGUGUAGUGGGGUGUGAUAUGGUGUACUGGGGAGGGAAGGGGGUUAGAGGUCAUGUUGAAUGUAAAACUGGAUCAGGCUGUUCUGAUAGAUGGACGUUUGUUUGUGUCUCCUCGUCCCUGUUUUCUUUGGCAAGGACCCUCAGGCAGGAUGAUAGGAUACCCUUUUGCUACAUAACAGUUUCAUAACAAAAUCCACUUUAAUCUCUGGACUGGUAAAACCAGGUUUAACAACACCCAGACAGUAAGCUAGACCUUUUGUCAUUAAUUAUAAUGGUGUCUACCUGGUUCUAAUCAUGUCUAUCCACCUCAGUGGCCCUGCUCUGUUAGGUCUGGCCACUAAGGUAGUUCAAGAGCCUGUCUAUCGUCACUUCAGUCUCCUCUCCUUCCUUAUCCUCCACCAUGGCUUGAAGGUUGUUAUUAUGUUGACUUUUGGUUCAUUUUUUACUAGGAGCCCUAUAGGGCCCUAACUCUAUUACUUGAACUAUUGCAUUGCUCACUGUUGAAUGUCUUUAUAUAGAAAUAUACAUAUAUUAAAUAGAAUAUCUGUUUUGUUGUUCUAUAGUAGUGAGCAGGACUGGGUUGACUUUUAAAUAUAUAUAAUUAUACAUGUUUAUGUCACAGAAACAGAAAUAAAAGUAAGCUUCUUUGCAAGGAGGGAAGGAUGUGCUUUGUAAACAUUCUCAGAAAUAUACUAAGAUUAUGUUUGUUGAUGGUGGGGGCUUGUCUGAUAUUGCAAACAUCACUCUUCAGAGAAGACGGUGCAUCCGAAAUGGUGCCGCAUUUCCUAUAUAGUGCUUGGGAAUAGUGUGCCAUUUCAGACGCAGACAUAGUGUGACUCUGUCUCAUCUUCAGUUGUUAUUUUCCACUGUGAGACAAAGCAUUUCUCAUAUUAAUCUAUGAUGCUAAAAGAACACAUACUAUUUUUGUUCGUGAUUUAGUUGUUGUUCCUCUACUUUUUCCCCCCUGGCAUUGAGACCAAAGAUUUCAGUUGACUUUAUUUUUAGCCUUUAGAUGUUGAUAGUUUGAAAGGGAUGUUUGUUUCCAUGUUACAUAUUAUUUCCAUUGCCUUGUUUCCAGAAGAACUCAGAAGUUAAUAUGGUACAGUAGCUAGAGAUAGAGUGAGUGAGUAUGUCCCAUACACAGUUAGCUAGAAUCCCCUGUUAGUGAUCAUGAUGUUGCUAAUUAUCAAUAAAAGUAAUUAUUAUGAAGUAUAAUAGUAAUGCAUUAUUGGGGAUAGGUGUUCCUUGGUGAUAUUUGAGGUAUUCGAUCUAUACCAAAGAACAUUUGGAUGUCCUCACCAAGCAGUGUGGUUAAGGAGGAUAGUUUGACCCUCACAUCACCUCUCAGUCUUUUGUCUAUUCAAAUUAGACCGAUAGUUUUCACCGCUCUGAAAGUGAUGAGCGAUAGAAGGCAGAUUCAUUCAUAUGCCCGGGUUUACUUUUUAUGAUUAAGCAAGUCUCUGCACCCAUGAUGUGAGUGUCUUUAUUGGUCUACAAUAUGUGUGCCAUUGGUGUGAUUCCUCUUUUAGUUUAGUUUUGUUAAGUUCGUGAAAGACCGCUUACUUCACCAAAAAACACUCCCUGUGUCUGUCUCCUUGUUUUCUCACAACACAGUCAUAUAUUUGCACACGUUGAUCCAGUUGGACGUAUGGUUGCUCUCUCUCCCUGUCAGCUUUGAAAGGAAGGGAAUAAGACGAAUACACUUUCAUUUCUCCUUGUGUCUAGUGGUUUGUAGUUAAAAAGAGAAGAAGUGAUUGUCGUUCUUCUGCAGGACAGAAAGCAAGUUUUCCUUAAGUUCUUUCACUCCAGAAUGCAUGCAAUAUCCCUUUCCUUUUCUGUCAAGGGUCAGAGGUCAGGGGUCAGGGACAGAGGAGUGACUCGUGAGAGAGAUGUUCUGUCUGAGAUUAGUGUUUAUGAAAGAACAGCACCUUUGUGUUUCUGUAGAACCACUGUCAGUGGGAUUUUACUUGGGACAAGACGUGCUGCACAUACUACAAGACAUUUCGAAGGGGUUAGGACAAACCAAAAUAUCUAUUACCCAAGUUUACUUUUUGACUGUUUUAAUAGUUUUCUGUGUGAAAACAAAACUCUAAGUUGGAGUACAGGUACAGGAUGAUGCAGGAUUAGGUUUCCUAUAGCACCACAAGACUGUUAUAUAGCUAUAAUGUCUGUUCUUCUUCUUCUUGCCCUCAAGCAGUUCUGCAAAGUUUUAUUUGCAGCAUGCAGCCAGUGGAGUUUGAAUAUCUUGUUAUUCUCACCAGGAGUCGUGUGUGUUCUUACCACUGCUAUCUGAUCACAAUACCCAGCACAGCUUCAAGGAGUACAGCUUCUUAUUAAAAAAAUGAUUUAGAAAGAAAAGAGAAAAAAUUGUUUGGAAGAAAAAAACGUGUGUAUCACACUGUCCCUAUCCCUCUUUAGACAUACGUACAGAUCCAGCAUGCAUCUUUGGUACUCUUGACUGUUGUUUUUGUGUUUAAAAGAAAAUAGAAAAAGAGAUGUUUUAAGAAAAACUGUUCUUUGACUGUUUAUGGUGUAUUCAGAUCUGAAUUUAAUAUAGCUAAACAAGUCACUGCUUCCAGCUAAACAAGUUAGAGUCCUAUUAUUGUCAGUUUAUAGCGUUAUAAGUAUGUAAUACUGAGAAAGAUGAACAUCACAGAAAUAGAAACGUGUUCAUUAUUGUUUGUUUGGCAUGUUGAAACUAACAUGUUUCUCCAUAUAACAAUAUCUGUCAAUGUUUGAGACAUACAAUAUAAUAUGCUUUGAAUGUUUGACCUGUAAAGCAUUUAUUGGAUUGCUUACAGUACACAACUUGAAACUCACAUAAUCAAACAGUUAUUCUUAUUUCACAGACUGUUCGCAGAAUGUUGUAACACCAGCAGUUUUUGUUAUGUAGGCUACUUCUUAGACAAAAAUACAAGCAAUAUGAUAUUUAUCUUCUUUUAUAUUUCUGUCUGCUUACUUUAUUCUGACAAUUACUGCUAAGUAAGUACCUACUCGCAUUGACCUUCUGGUAUAUAAUUGUGUGUUUCUGGAGCGACAAUGUAGUAUUGUUGCAUGUGGAUUGUGAUGGCGAUGACUUUAUCUUGUACAGCCGGCUGUGAGUGGUUCUCUACUCUCCAGACCAAUCAAACAGAGACUUCUUUCUCAGUAUUACAACAUCAUACAUACCUUGCUUUGAGCUUCUAUAGGUAUUCCCUUCUUCAGUUAAGUUGUUUUAAUAACGUCACGGUACACUACUUCACUUUCUCGUAUCUGUUGCAAUAGUUUGUAUAUGUUGUAAAAUCUCCAUUUGUUAUGAACUCAACUCUUGUACGUGAUCAAUGGAACUUCACUAUAUUCAUUUCUCUCGCAGAAUAAAGAAAAUAUUUUAUUCAAA